GACACCAUGGACCCUCACGGAGACCAUUACCUCAACAAGGCAGCUGUCUUAUCACCUUUAGGUGCAGCCCGUAUAUGCCAGCUGCUACUUGGCUGCACCAUAAUGGCCCUAGUGUCCCACAGUGCAGGCUACAGCGCCACCUAUGGGACCUUUUGCAUGUUUGUAUGGUGCUUCUGCUUUGCUGUCACACUAGUAGUUUUCACCAUGGAUGUUACGCGGCUCCACAGCUGUAUGCCCAUUUCCUGGGACAACUUCACUGUGGCCUUUGCCAUGCUGGCUACGCUCAUGUACAUCACCGCCUCUGUGGUCUAUCCUGUUUACUUCCUCCAAACGGACUGCCCCGAAGAGGGUUGUGAGGUCAGAAACUAUCGCAUUGCUGUCACCGUCUGCUCCAGCGUCUGCUGCUUCCCCUACGGGGCUGAGGUGUUCCUAACUCGGGCCAAACCAGGGGCCGUGGUGGGCUACAUGGCCACUGUGUCAGGUCUACUCAAGGUGGUGCAGGCCUUUGUGGCCUGCAUCAUUUUCGGAGCCCUGGCUAACGACAGCGAGUACAACCUCUUCAUUGCCACCCAAUACUGUGUGGUGGUGUACAGCCUGUGCUUCUCCGUCACUGUGAUUGUGAUCAUUCUGACAGUAUCGGGGAGGACCUCUGCCCUGAGGUUCCCCUUUGACAGAUUUGUGGUUGUCUACACCUUCUUUGCUGUGAUACUCUACCUCAGUACUGCCCUGGUGUGGCCCAUCUUCAGCUUCGACAAGAAGUAUGGCACUGCUACUCGUCCUGAUGACUGCCCACGGGGGAACUGUCCUUGGGACAGUAAGCUUGUGGUGGCAGUGUUCACCAACGUCAAUAUGAUCCUAUAUUUCAUUGACCUCAUCUACUCCCAGAGGAUCCGCUUUGUAUCCAACUCUGCUGUCUGA